AAUACAGUGGGUCAGUCCAUUUGUCACAAGUGAAUCUUAUACUUGCAUGCUGAAAGCAACAUUUCAGCUUGCUGGUGUAUUGGCGUAUAUGUCCUUUUGUGAGUUGUCCGUGUAUGUGUGUGUGUGCAUGUGUGUGUAAAAAAGAUUGGAUUUGAAUAGAGGGACAUUGUCUCAAACGGUGAUGAAUCUGCCGCCGCGUGUGGCUGCGGUCCGAGGUGAGAUUUCAGUGUCUAUUUAGCGUUUAACUGGGUAUCAAAUCUGAUCGCUCUCCCUCUACGGCCCCCUGUGUAGUCGUGAUGUAGUUCUUAUCAAAGCCCUCCUGUCUUGUUGUGACAGCUCUGAUAUUGUUUAUUGAGGUGGAUGUCAGGUUUAAUUAGCAAUCGAUAUGGAAAGCGUUUUCAGACCACGUCUCUGACGUCAGCGCCGAUUAACGCUUCUCAUUGGUCUCAAAUUCCCAGAGCCGAAGCUAAUUAUUGGAAGCUUCGUGUUGAUAAAGAACAGCUCAUCCUGCUCCCCACAUCAUGUCCCCUCCUCGCUGGCCACUCGCGCUGCAUGUGUUUUAAAUUCACAUCACCGACCACCAGACGUCGUUUCCUUUUGCCUGGGAGAUGAUGGACAGCAGGAUACUGGAUCCACCUCAUGCCCAGUUCGGAGGCUCCCUCGGUGGGAUGGUGAGCUUUCCGUACCAUCUCAGCCACCAUCAUGUCUACGAAUUAGCCGGUCAUCAACUUCAAUCUACGGCCGCGGUUCCUUUCUCGAUAGACGGAUUACUUAACGGCUCGUGCACAGCGUCCGUGGUUAAUUCUAACCCGCUCUUGUCGUCUGGCUGCGGUAUGAAUGGAGAUAACCAACAGUACAAACUGACAGAUUCGGGGGAUCCAGAGAAGGAUAGCCCGGGUUGUAAAAGAAGACGAACUCGUACCAAUUUCACUGGCUGGCAGCUGGAGGAAUUAGAGAAAGCUUUUAAUGAAAGUCACUAUCCAGAUGUGUUCAUGAGGGAAGCACUUGCUCUGAGAUUGGAUUUAAUAGAAUCAAGAGUGCAGGUGUGGUUUCAAAACCGCAGGGCAAAGUGGAGAAAAAAGGAGAACACGAAAAAGGGGCCGGGGCGACCUGCACACAACUCUCAUCCGACGACCUGCAGCGGCGAGCCCAUGGACCCGGAGGAGAUUGCCCGCAGAGAACUGGAAAGGAUGGAAAAAAAGAAAAGGAAACAAGAAAGAAGGCUUUUAAAGUCCCAGAACAAGCUCCUUCCGGGGGACUUAUUUCACACCCCAGGAUCUGACAGUGACAGUGGCUUGUCACAAAUAACAGACAGUGAACAAAGUAUCCACUGCGACAUGGUCCGAAACCAAACGCAACCAAGCUGUGACCAAACACCACAGAAACUCCAGAACCAAAGAAACACAGAGAACGACGCGAGUGGAUCCGAGCUGGACUCGUCGGACACCGGUCACCAGUCAAACUUGUGCACUAAUAGCAGGUCUUCCACUCUUCAAAAACCCAGUCCCUUUAGUGUGGAAAGCCUCCUGUCGGACUCCAGGCCUCGGCGCAAGCCGCACAUGGACUUUCCAGUUCCCGCUCCAAGGCCUUUGAUAGGGAAAGGACAUUUUUUACUUUACCCCAUUACACAACCACUAGGUUUCAUUGUACCACAGACAGCUCUGAAAACAGCAACACCAAGCCAUGAAAAUGCUGAAAAUGGACACAAAGGGCCAGCUACGGACAAUAACUUUGGAAACCCAGGACACAGGAACAGCAAGGAGAACAACAAUGUAAACAACAUCGGCGCUCGGGCAAUCAAAGGCCAGGUCAGUCAGUCGGCCAACAUAACGUGUUCACCACAGAGCAGUCCAACACAGACUACCAUUAAUGGUCAUUCUGCGGGCAGCUGUAAUGAAAGAUGCCCACAAGACAUAAAGUUAGACCUCACCGACCCAAAAUCUCCACAGUCAGAGAAGAAGGAGCAGUCGUUAUCAGACUAUCCACCACAGAAUUCAAAAUCAGCAACAACCAGCAAGGACACCGACAAAGACUCAGUUGAUGUCGAUAUGGAAUAAAUUAAAUUAUAGUAGAAACCGAGGUGCGUGUCGAUAUCCGCGUGACACUCCUUCAAAGAUUAACCGAAGAGGAAAAAAGUCGACAUAUCGAAACGUAUCGUUUUCAAUGAAUAUUUAUAUUCUGAUUAGGGGAAAUAUCUGUGUGAAUAAUUUGUGUAUGUGUGUGGUGGGCUAUCAAAUGUUUAUUGAACAAAUAGCAGCAGCUCCCUGUAUAACAGACUGUAAAAACAAAAACCAAGACAAAACCUCAAACGUUGUAAAAAGUAUUAAGAUAUUUAUAUAUGUAAGUUUUUCAUAAAUAAAUCGAUUGUAUACAACAAACAUAA